AUGCACUUGCUAUUGCACAACGAUUCUGGGUGCUUGCUGACAGGCUUGUCGUAUUACAUCUGUGAUGAGUGCUGGUGUUUCCUUCAAAUUCUAUGCGCCCGCAGGAGCAAGCCCUCUAUUGAAACCGUCUUGAAGCAUUGCACAGGCGGAGCGUGUAUCCCGGAUGAUUUGCACCUCUUGCAGCAAAGCCAGCCUCAUGCCCCAAUCAAGAGCCUUGAUUUGCAUCGGCUUUCUCGGCCAUGUGCCCCUCACGAUGCAGUCGAUCCGGAAACGGAUCUCACACGCAGCUUUUCGCUUUGCUUCAGUGGCUUUUGA